AUGCUCGCCACCGUUGGAUUGCAGGAUGGCGAUGUUGAGCAAUACUACAUCGGCGUCCCGGCCGGUGAUCGCUGCCCGGUCAUGCGCCGACUCAGCUUGUCGGGUUGGUAUUUCGAACCCACCGAUGUCGGAGCUGCCGUCGUCGUCCGAUGGACUGAUGAUGGUGCGGCCCUGGUUGUGGGCUGGGAGAAGCGCGGGCUCGCUGUGUGGUCCGUUUCUGGUUGCCGCUUGAUGUGGACGUUACCGCAAGUUGGAGGCACUUUGCCGACCACCCCGGCCUCGAGGAACAAGGAUAGCAAGAGUCAUGCAGUCGUCCAUCCCAUGGAACAAGGUGUGCUUGCCGCCGCAUGGGGCUCUAACGGUUUGUUCUUGUGGGCAGCACCCAGGGUCACGGAGGAAACUCCCGAACCGAUACUUGAUUGUCAUUUUAUGGAGUUUGCCAUUUACAAGGGUAGCGUUGGGAGUCAUUUUUGUCAGGGUGAAUCAUCGCGUCUCGCCAUGUUCGGUUCGGAUCGCGUCCUGCUGCUCUGGCAUGCCGACGGAUCAGACGAGGCCACUGGGCAACAAGGAAGCGCAGCGUGGAACGAUUUGUUUUCGUGGCAACACUUGCUCAUUCCUCAUGAUUACCUCUGGCGCAAUUGGCCACCAAAACGGAUCGCGGUCAACGCAGAUGCAUCUUUCGUUGCUGUCGCAGGCGAGUAUGGCGUUGCUAUGUGUCAUGUGCGAACGCAAAAAUGGCGCGUGUUUGGUGAUCUUGAGCACGAUCGAAGGAUCAGAUGUUGUGCGCUUGCAUGGGUCAGCAAGACCAUCGUCAUCGGCAACGAAGUCACCAAUGGAACUAGCCGAAGCAGGUACAAAUCGACAUAUGAAUUGCUCUUUUACCCACGCGACCAAGUUGAGUCGAGCGCUCUGCAAGCCCAAAUACAGCUCCCGUCACGUCCGGUGCUCACAGAUGUGCGAGCUGAUGGAUAUCUGUUGGUCAUAUGUGAGAACGCGCAGGUGUUCUUGUACCAAAUGAAGGAGGUUCCUCACCGAACAAGAAUCGAUCUGAAGGAAGUUUACAGAAUUUUCCUUCCCACACGCGAAUUGAUUCCGAUGUACCAGCAAGAUCGACAGACCAAGGUGGGAAAGCCUUUUUCGGGAGACGAUGAAGAUUCUGCGCCACCUCCCGCGCCGGGUGGAGGAAUAAGCGAAGCAAGAAUAUUCCCGCCUCUAACUCACGCCCCAGGAGGACUAAAUGAUCAGCAAGCCCCACCGCCAACAUACAUAAUGUUAUUGCGAAGCACGGGGUCCCUUAUUUUGCUUGACACUGAACGGAUGGUAUCGACAGCUCUCUUGCGAUACGUUGAGCGUUUCUGGUACACUCCAGUGGAUUGCACGCCAUUCGAUAUGAUAUCGCAUCGGCCCGUGUGGUGGGCAUACGGAGAUGACGGGCUUCAUGUUUGCUUCCAAGACGGCUUGUCAAUCGAAAACGACUUGGAUGAACCACUUAUUGGAGUCCCUGAUUCGCCCCCGCUUCCAUUCACAUCUAAGAAGAAAGCAGUGGAAGUCGAGCAGUGGUUUGAGCUUGACCCUGAAGUGUACCCCCUCUCCAUAAUGUCAAGAUAUGGAAUGCUUCUUGGCGCGACUCAAGGUCUAGUGACGCAUAACCUUGAUUCUGAGUCUGGUUCAAUGCCCUGUCAUGUCAUUCAGGUAAAGCGGCAGCCGAUACUGCAUACUCUGCUUCGGCAUUUGCUUAUGAAGCCAAUGAGUGACGAAAGGACAGCUUUACAAGUAGCAUUGAAGUGCGUGCCACAACCACAGUUUGCUGAUUCACUUGAGUGGCUUUUGUACGAAGCUGUUCUCGAACAUGAUGAAGAUGCGAACGUCAAUAUUAAUGCUAGAAGCAUUCUAGCUGUCACGGACGGUAGAGGCAUGCAUCCAAAGCGGCAGUACGGACCCGGCUCAACACACCUAACGAGCAGUAAGGGCUUUCCGGAAUCACCUCGAAGAAGAAAAGCGGGAGGUGAUCUCUUCCCUAGAGUUAUUCGGCUUCUGAAAUACUUUGGGGAGUAUGAGGACGUGGUGGUGAGGUGUGCCAGAAAGCUUGAUUCGAAGCGGUGGCCUCUUCUAUUUUCUCUUGCAGGUGAACCGGCUGCGUUGCUUGAGCAAUGUUUUGUGUCUGGACGCUUGCGAACUGCAGCAUGUCUGUUGGUGAUCCUACAGGAAAUGUGGGGCUUUAUAUCUUCGACGCCACACUCGUUGCGGUUAGUUGAAGCAGCCUUGGCCCGGGGAGAAUUGAGUUUAGCGGCUGAUCUCGCCAACUUUCUAACAAAGGCAGAUAGAGCGGGGAUGUUAAAUUCUUCUCAGUUGCGAACAACCGAAGACGUUUCUUGGAUUGCGGAAGCAGUCCAAGCACCUCAGGCCGGGGCUCUCAGCCGCCUGCCGAAGCGAAAGCAACCCAAGGACGGUCCUGCUGAUCGAAUACCUGCCGUGGACUUGGCAGUCCUAAAUCAUGCAAGAUCAUUGCUGAACCAUAUGGAUCUGAGAAACUUGGCGGCUCUAGCGGUGCGAAUGGAUUUUCCUCUCUCUGAAUAUCUAAAGAGGGAGUUGAAGGGAAAGAGCGCAAGCAAACCUUUUGUGCGGGACGUGGGGAAUACACUUCUUUCACUUCACAGACAAUUUCAGAUUCCCGCGCCAACCACGCACGACGUGCGGAGAGCGAUGCGAGUCUUCAACCACGAGGUGGAUGUUGCGAAGGGCCGGAGUUCGUCCAUGGACUCAACAUCAAGUCACCAUAAUGGCCUGGCACCAACGCCGACGCUGGAUGAGAUGCAGCCGUUAGUCACACCGAGAUCUCUGGCCAUAAAGGCAAGUGUGUCACUCGUUGGCCCCGGAGCAGAUACUGUCUUCGGCUCUCAGCUACCGCCUCCACCGACUUCGUAUGACAGUGAGCGCCUUGUGAACAUUCGAACAAAAGCGCGGCAGCUAUCCAGAGAAGAGCUAUCAUAUGUGAUGACAGUUGCCAGAGUUGCUCGUGCACCCGAUAUAAUAUUAUGCUGCGCGACACUGCUGUUGGAUAUAACUGUGCUACGAAUGGUGCUACGCGGUCACGAGGAUUUGUUCGAGCCGUAUGUCGCAGCAGUGAAGGAGUUUGACGAACCUGGAUAUGAUGCUCUAGUCGCAGUUUUGAAUGAGAUCGCUGUCCCGAGGUAGUUUGUUAAUUUUAUCUAUUAUGGUUAAGUUCCAGGAAACAGGACGAGAAAGGAUUUCCUAGAACAAGGAUGGACCUGGAUAUGGAGUUGUAGUUGUAUAAAACGAUCGGAUGGGAGCGUGCGACACACAUU